AUGUCUGGAUCUCCGAUCACCCUUCAAGCUACCUUGGGCGCACUUAUGAACGCUAACGGUACCCGUUGGUGGGAUGGUAAGCGUAGCAAUGGCGGCAAGACCAAGCCCAAGUUCUUCUUUGCCCACUCGCUGGAUGAUUCGAGCAUCACGGGGCAGCAGAUCCUCGACACUCCGGUGCAGGCGUUCGGCAUUCAGUCGGACAACUUGGUGCUCAGCGGCAUCCACAUUGAUAACCCCGCCGGUGAUAGCAACGGAGGCGAUGACACCGAUGAAUUCGACAUUAGUGAUUCCACGGGUGGGACAGUGGGAGCUGCCGCAAGUGGACCUGGAGCGAGGUAA